ACGUGGACCGGGCCUCCCGGGCCGAGUCCAGCGGGGAGAAGAGCGGCGAGCGAGGCCGGGAUGGCGGCGCGGCUAGCUGCGCGCGGGGGGCCGGGGGUUGCCGGCCGACGCCCAUGGCUGCUGCUGGCGCCGCUGCUGCUGGCUCCGCUGCUGGCGCGGCCCGCCGAGGCCCUGGUGGAGGGGCUGUACUGCGGCACGCGCGACUGCUAUGAGGUGCUGGGCGUGAGCCGCUCGGCCAGCAAGGCGGAGAUCGCGCGGGCCUACCGCCAGCUGGCCCGGCGCUACCACCCCGACCGCUACCGGCCCGAGCCGGGCGAUGGCCCCGGGGGCGCGCCGCCGAGCGCCGAGGCUUUCCUGCUGGUGGCGACCGCCUACGAGACGCUCAAGGAUGAAGAAACACGGAAAGACUAUGACUACAUGCUGGACCACCCGGAAGAGUAUUACAGCCAUUACUAUCACUACUACAGCAGACGCCUAGCCCCGAGAGUGGAUGUCAGGGUGGUGAUUUUGGUCAGUGUCUGCGCCAUUUCCAUGUUUCAGUAUGUCAGCUGGUGGAAUAGCUAUAAUAAAGCUAUCAGCUACCUAGCCACAGUGCCCAAAUACCGCAUCCAGGCAACGGAGAUUGCCAAGGAGCAGGGGCUGCUCAGGAGAGCCAAAGAGAAAGGGAAAAACAAGAAGUCCAAAGAAGAGAUCCGGGACGAGGAGGAGAGCAUCAUCAAGAACAUUAUAAAAAGUAAGAUAGACAUAAAGGGGGGCUACCAGAAACCCCAAGUCCGUGACCUCCUUCUGUUCCAAGUCAUCCUGGCUCCUUUUCACCUGUGCUCAUACAUAGCUUGGUACUGCCGGUGGGUCUAUAACUUUAAUAUCAAAGGCAAAGAAUAUGGGCAGGAGGAGAGACUCUACCUCAUACGCAAGUCUAUGAAGAUGUCCCAGUCUCAGUUCGACAGCCUGGAGGACCAUCAGAAGGAAACGUUUCUUAAGCGGGAGCUUUGGAUAAAGGACAAUUACGAGGUCUACAAGCAGGAGCAAGAAGAAGAGCUAAAGAAGAAGUUGGCGAAUGACCCUCGGUGGAAGCGUUACCGGAGGUGGAUGAGGAACGAAGGGCCUGGCCGGUUAACGUUUGUGGAUGACUGAGGACGGGUGGGCGGCUGCCCCGCCAAACCGGAAUCGUGAUGGUGUUUCAUAGCAGUUACGGAGCUGUGUCUGCUGUUCUCGGCAGCCGCCGACGUUCAUGAGAGUCUGAUUAAACAAACUAAUGUAGAAACUCAACUUUCCCAUCCAACUUUAUACGAGAAACAUUUAUGAUGUUCAAUUUUUAUAACCUAUUUGUGGAUUUUGUUAAAAAGGAUUUGACAUGGGGAUUUAUUGGUUACCAUUUAAAAUUUUUAUAUGUUUAGUUAAAUUUGACAUGAAAUUUAUUAGAUACCAUUUAAAACUUCUGUGUGAAGUGUUUCUUCUUCAAGAGUGUUUCCUUAUGUUUUCAUAAUGCUACAUUUUUCUGCUUUCCUGGUCUCUAUUUUUACAAACAACAACAACAGUAGCAACAAUUACAACAGCACUUGAUCAUAUUCCUGUGUCUUUCUGGACAUACAUUUCUUCAGGAGAGUCAUUCAGUGUCAUGUCCUUACUGUAGUCCUUACAGGUUUGAGUAUGUUCAAAGUGAUCUCUAGGAGAGUCUUGUAGCAUCCCUGCAGUCCCCUCCCAGUGCUUCUACUCCUGACAAGAUCAGAAACUCUCCAGGAGAGUGCGUCACCGCCAUGUCCUUGUGGGAUGUGCUUGGCUACAGUCUCAUUAUAGGACUGUUUUCUCAAACGUUGCUGCAGAGGGGACCUUGUGAAAAGGUCUUUGUACCACCAUCUUCCUGCUUGCUUCUCCUCUCUCCUUCCUUCCCCCUCUUCUCCUCCCUCCUCUCCUCCCUCCACCCCUCCCUCCCUCCCUUGAUUAUGAAUUACUUCUGUGGGGAAAAUGUAAUGCCGUGAGGUCAUUUACAUGCACUAAACUGAGAAGAAGGUGAGCAUGGCUGUGUGCCAUUCUCUUGAGUACUAGGGUGUGGACCUUUUUAUACCUAUGCAAGUGGAAGUAAGUGACCGAAUUGACUGACUCAAACCUGAUACUGUAUCAGAGUGCCACACAUAUCCAUGUGCAGUAAGUACUCCUGUUAAAGAUUCACCCUACUGCUGCAUAUUAAUAAAAUGGUUGUGCUAUAUCAUGCUGCCUGGCAGGCCUUUUAAAGAUGAACAUAUUGCCUUUGUAACAUAAUUUUAGAAGAUUAGUGUAACAUAGUAGAUAUGCAGAAUUUAUUUCUAAGUAAAGUAAAUUAGUCCUUUUAAAAGCUCAGCCCAGGCACUGGGUAGCUCAGUUGGCAAAGUACACACAGUGGGGAGUGACUUUGGUCCCCACCCCCUCUGAUUUUAUGUAAAAAAAAAAUGCCAGGCAUGGUGGCAUACUCAUU